UCCCUCUUCCUUCCAAAACCUCAUGUCUUCAUCUGCAACUCUCUCAUCAGAGCCUUCUCCCACUCCAACAUCCCUCACACCCCUCUAUCCAUUUACGCCCACAUGCACAACAACUCCAUUGUCCCCAACAACUUCACCUUCCCUUUCCUCUUUAAGUCAUUGUCCGACUCGUGCGACCUCAUUGGUGCCCAGUGCGUGUACACUCACGUCGUCAAAUUGGGGCAUUUGAAUGAUGUUUAUGUGCAGAAUUCGGUUCUUGAUUUGUAUGCGUCAUGUGGGGAUAUGUGGUUGUGUCAGAAACUGUUUGAUGAAAUGCUCCACAGAGAUGUUGUAUCGUGGACUGUGAUGAUUAUGGGGUACCGGAAAGCUGGCAAGUAUGACAAUGCCUUGCUUGUGUUUGAACAAAUGCAGUAUGCUGGUGUGGAGCCUAAUAGGGUCACCAUGGUGAAUGCCUUGGCUGCUUCUGCUAAUUUUGGUGCUAUUGAGAUGGGGACUUGGAUACAUGAUAUUGUGAGGAGGAACAAGUGGGAAUUGGAUGUUGUAUUGGGGACAGCAUUGAUCGAGAUGUAUGCCAAAUGCGGCAGAGUUGAAGAGGGGAUGAGUGUUUUCAGUAGCAUGAAGGAGAAGAAUUUAUAUACUUGGAAUGCAGUUAUCAAGGGACUUGCUUUAGCUAAGAGUGGAGAGGAGGCAAUUUGCUGGUUUGAUAGAAUGCAGAAAGAUGGGUUUAGACCUGAUGAUUUGACUUUGGUUGCUGUUCUUUCUGCUUGCAGCCACUCAGGAUUGGUAGAGACUGGUAGACAGAUCUUCAGGUACUUGGUUAAUGGCAAGUAUGGAUUUCAGCCUAAUGUCAAACACUAUUCUUGCAUGGUUGACCUUUUAGCUCGUUCUGGCCGGUUGCAGGAGGCUUUUGAGUUCAUAAGGUAUAUGCCGUUUGAACCGACGAAAGCUAUGUGGGGUUCCUUGUUGGCUAGUUCAAAAUCUCAGGGUAACUUGGAGUUGAGUGAAUUGGCAGCCAGAAAGCUAGUUGAAUUGGAGCCAGAUAACACUGCAUAUUAUGUUCAUCUGUCUAAUCUGUAUGCAGAGAUGGGAAGAUGGAGUGAUGUUGAGAAAGUAAGGGGAAUGAUGAAAGAUAGACAAUUGACGAAAGAUUUGGGAUGUAGUUCUGUGGAGGUUGAAUGCCAAGAACAUGUUGGGGAACUUAUGGCAUAAAUCUCUCAAUUUUUUUAUGCAACUCAAGAUAGAAAACUUUUUAAUCCUUUCCAGAUUUGGUGUUUGAUCAUUUGUGAGUUAGUUUGCAUGGUAUUGUUAAUUUGAAGAUAUAAAUAGUGUAAUCAAAGCAUAA